AUGGCGUUGAAUCUCACAGACUUUGUGAUGCGUCCAAACCCGGGCAUAGCAGGCGCACUUGUGUCUGUCCGCUCCAACUUUUUCCGAGUACAAUCGUUCCUGCGUGGCAAUGUCUAUCAUUACCACAUUGAAAUCGCGGACAUGGCAAACAAGUCAUCGAACAUACCUCCAGCUCUCAAUCGUCGAGUCUGGAAGGCCUUUGAAAGUACCGGCGGCCAAGGUAUCUUGAAUGGUUCUCGUGCCAUCUAUGACGGACGCAAGAACGUCUUUACAGCUAUGCCUUUGAGAACUCUGACAGCUCAUGAGGCGAGUCAGUUUGAGGUAAAUGCACUACUUGGUAUAUUCAAAGUCAAAAUUAAGCAAGCUGGUGAAAUUAAAAUGGAAGAGCUGCAUCGAUUCCUGCAGGGCACUUCAAGUCUGACGACAAACUGCCUGACAGCCGUUAUGGCGCUUGAUGUCCUCAUCCGGUAUUUGCCAAGCAUGAAGUACAACACCGUGGUAGGCCGCUCUUUUUAUACACCUGUUGGAAGUCAAUCACUUCACGGUGGUCUUGAAGUCUGGCAAGGUUACUUCCAGACGUCCCGGCCUGGGGUCGGGAGCAUGUACAUCAAUGCUGAUGUCAGUGCAGCAGUAUUUCGGGAGGGUGGUCCCCUGCUGGAAGUGGUUGCUAAGAUCAUUGGCCGCCGAUCGAUUGAUGAACUUCGACGUGGCCUUCCAAACAAAGACCGAGCCAAGCUUGAGAAGGCACUGAAGAAUGUCCAGAUACAAGUCAGACAUCGAGGUGAAAAGAAGUUCAAAUACAAGAUUACCGGCUUGACGCCUGCGCCAGCUGAUCGUACGUUCUUCAAGGACCAAGACAACAAUGAAAUGAGCGUAGCACAGUACUUUACGGCUCACUACAACAUGGGCCUCCGCUUCCCGUUUCUGCCGUGUAUCAUCGUGCGCAAAACUAUAUUCUUGCCUAUGGAAGUCUGUGACAUUGUCCCUGGCCAGCGAUACAACAAAAAGCUCGACGAGCAGCAGACGGCUGAAAUGAUCACUUUUACAUGUCAAAAGCCGGAUGUUCGAGCCAACAAGAUCAAGCAGGGAUUCACGUUGCUCGAAACGAACAACCCGUAUAUGCAGCAAUUUGGCUUCAAGGUCGAACCGGAAAUGUCCAUCGUCAAGGCACGUGUUCUUCCGCCGCCGCAGAUCUCAUACUCAAGCACGCCACCAUCACAAGGUGCAUUUGUGCCAACGGGUGGUGCGUGGAACAUGCGAAACCGCAAGGUGGUGCAAGGCGCAACACUGGGUUCGUGGUCUGUCGUCAACUUUCACUUGGACUUUCCUCAAAACUCCAUCGCCAGAUUUAUCCGUGAACUGUGCCAAUCGUUUAUCAACACUGGCUUGAACGUUAUCAACCGCAAUCCACCCAUCAUACAUGCCGAUCCGCAAGGCAACAUUGACCGCACAUUGAAGGAAGCGUGGCUUAAGGCCGGUAAUCAUGCCAAGGCAGCACCGCAAUUGAUCGUAUGCAUCCUGCCCAACAAGGGUGUCUCGCUUUAUGCAAAGAUCAAGUAUGUCACUGAUACCGUCAUCGGCAUUCCCAGCCAAUGCGUCCAGAGCGCUCAGGCCUACAAGGCAAGCCCCCAAUACUGCGCCAACGUUUGCCUUAAAGUCAACGUAAAGCUCGGCGGCGCGAACGUAUACCUGGGGCCCACGCAGAUCCCCUUCGUUUCGCAAAGACCUACUAUUAUUUUCGGGGCGGAUGUGAUGCAUCCAGAGCCUGGAAACAUAAACUGUCCCUCUAUUGCUGCUGUGGUGGGCUCCAUGGAUGCUCGGGCCGCACGAUACUCAAGCGUCAUCCGCAUUCAAUCAAGCCGAACAGAAAUCAUUGCUGACUUGGCAAACAUGGUCAUAGAGCUGCUCAAGCAAUUUUACAAGGCGUGCGGCCAAAAGCCAGAACGAAUCCUAUUCUACCGUGAUGGUGUCUCGGAAGGGCAGUUUGGCGAAGUCCUAAAAUCCGAGGUGGCGGCCAUUCGCAGCGCUUGCUUGACGCUUGACAAUGAUUACAAGCCUAAGAUCACCUUUGUGGUUGCUCAAAAGCGCCACCAUGCUCGAUUCUUCCCGAUAAAAAGGGAUGGCGCAGAUAGGAGUGGCAACUGCAGCCCAGGCACUGUCAUCGAUACCGACAUUGUGCAUCCAUUCGAGUUUGAUUUUUAUCUUCAGUCUCACGCUGGAAUCCAAGGAACGUCCCGUUCCACACAUUACCAUGUUCUUUACGAUGACAACAAAUUCACAUCGGACUCUCUCCAAGAACUCACGUACCGGCUUUGCUACAUCUAUGCUCGAGCAACACGCGCGGUAUCAUUAAUCCCGCCGCUUUACUAUGCAGACCUGCUCGCAAGCCGCGCUCGUCUCCACCGCCGAGAUGCCAACUGGUCUGACACCACUGGAACACCCGAGACCUUCGACCCGGAGCAGCAAAUAACCAGCUACGGCGCCGUCAAGCCGGAUUUGCAAAAAGGUAAGAGCAGCACAUGUUCUUAUUUUGAUAACUUUUCAUGUUUAUCAUCGGUACUAAUCGACUUUAUUUUGUUAAUGUAG